AUGGAGGAACACGUAGGUCCAUCAACACAUAACAACAGCAAACUGCCACCUACGGCUAGCAUACCACUCCCAGUUAUUACUAGCAUUGAUGCGUUAACAUCAGCUGAUGUCAGAGCAGCACGAACAUCAAUGGUAGGGACAACAACACCGGACAUUAACACAGGAGCACUUGCAGCACCAUCAACAACAGUAGUAGUUGAUCGUAAUAAAGUGAACCUUGAAUCGCAUCAAUUGGUCUGGUUAGAUGCAAAUGUGAACAAUAGUGAACAUGAGGAUACGACAGUGACGUUGGCUGGUUUACGUAAAAUCAUUGAUUACACAAAAUUAUUUGAUAAUAUUUCGGAAUGCAAAGAAUAUCUGAAAAGUACCGAAAAUGGAUCAACGUUUUUGGUUACAUCAGGAUCAUUUGGACAAACAUUUGUACCUGAAAUUCAUGAAGUGGAAAUCAUUUAUAAAAUUUAUGUCUACUGCGGAAAUAAAGAAUUCCAUCAAAAAUGGGCAUCGAAAUAUUCAAAGACUAAAAAUCGAAUUCAUAUCAAACUCGAUGAAUUACUCAAUGAUUUAACAAAUGAUGUUAGAGAAUAUUUAAAAUCGGAAAUAGCCGGUACUAUUAUGAAUCUAUCGGGAAAGGAAGAUCAAACCACAGAUGUAUUUUGUUCGUGGUGGACACACACCUUCGAUCUCUUAUGUUGUUUGCCUUAUCCAAUGGACUGUCACCAAAAACUUGUAGAUACAUUGAAAUCAUAUUAUGAAGGCAAAGAAAACGAAAUGAAAGUUAUACGCGAAUUUGAAAUCAGUUAUGAACCAAAACAUGCUAUCUGGUGGUAUACGCGUCCAACAUUUUUCUAUGCUAUACUGAACAGAAGCCUUCGUCAACACAACAUUGAACUAAUAUUUUUAUUUGGUUUCUAUAUAAAAGAUGUGUAUUAUCAAUUGAAAGAUGAACAUGAAAAACUGAAACUAAAACAUUUGAAAGAACCAAAGAUAAAAUUGUAUCGUGGACAACUCAUGGCAAUGAAUGAAAUUAAAAAAUUGAAAGAAAUCGAUGGUCCCAACUACAUUGUAAAUAGUUGUCUGCUAUCAACAUCACUCAAUCGUUCGGUAUCGUUAGAAUUUCUCAAAUCAGCUGAAAAAAGUGAAGGAUUGGAACAUGUAUUCUUUGAAAUUGAUAUUGACACUCGUAAACUGGCACGGCCCUAUGGUAAUAUAUCACAUUUAAGUUAUGUCACAGCCGAAGCUGAAAUUUUAUUCAUGAUUGGUGUAAUAUUUCGUAUAACAAAAGGUAAUGUAACGUACAAUAACGACGACAAAGUUUGGAUCAUUAAAUGUUCUUCAUCAUUCGAUUCUAUCUUAGACUUUGAAAGUGCAUUUAGUACAGGUAGCCAAAGGCGCAUUUUAAAAAACUCUAUCAAUAAAUUUUGGCACAAUUCUACAAAAAUGCCUACUCGUAAGUCUGAAGAUGUUAAUAUGCUAUUUAAUGAAUUGAUUAAAUUAUUUCCAUUGGAAGAAGACUGGAUAUUAUCUUAUAAACUUUGCUGUCUGGCCGAUAUUGAUAUGUGGCAUGAAAAGUCCACUUCAGCACUAUCACAGUAUGAUGAAGCAAUAAAUAUUUGGCUCAAUUACCUGAAAGAUGAUGAGUUAAAUUGUUCAAUUGAUAUUGGUGAAAUUCAUAAAGACAUUGGUACAGUUUAUCAAAUUUACACAGAUGAUACUAAUCGAGCUGAGGAACAUUAUAAAAUGUCAUUUUCUUACUUACAGUCAGCAAUUGAACGUAGUACUACAGAACAGGAAAAAAUAGAUAUAUUAGUUAAACUUAUAUCGAUUGUUAUCGAAUGUGAGCUUUAUGAAUCGCUUGAUAAAUACGAUGAUGCAUUAAUAUAUUAUGAAAAAGCAUUUGAAGCAGCAGUAAAAUCAAAAGACUCUAGAUGGAUUGAAAUCGCGUGUGAUAAUAUGAUUGAAACUUAUAUUAAACAUAAAAAUGAUUACCAAUCUGCGCUUAAAUAUCAAUUAAUAAGACAUGAACAUAUAUUGAAGGACAAUACACCACAAAUAUGGGAUGAUAUCGACGAAACUUCGUGUAAAAAAGCAGAAAUAGCUGACAGUCAUAUUAGACUAGCUGAAAGCUAUAUUUUAUUAGAUCAAUAUGAUUUGGUUAAAUUACAUUUAACAACAGCUAAAGAGUUGUAUGAAGAAUCGGGAAAAGAUGGUAGACGACACCUUUCACGGACUACGGAGAAGUUAGCUGAUAUUGAAGCAAAAUUAAAGGAAUAUGGUUUAGCACACGAACAUUUCAAUAUGGCAUUGAAAUUACAUCAAGACCUUCUCAGAGAAUACGAAGGAAAGCUGAACAAUGAAGCGGCCAACAGCACCGGAAAAGAAUAUCACCCAUGGGCAAAUGCCGAUU